AUGGGUGGCCCUGGCGGCAUGCCCCCGCCCCAUGGGCCCUACAGCGGCAUGGGCCAGGGCGACUACCCGCCACAGCUGCCGCCGCCAGGCAUGUACCCGCCUCUACCGCAGGCGCAGCCUCCCAUCCGCUUGGCACGCUUCCCGGGGGAUGCGCUGCACACGGCGCCAAUGGCAGCACCAGGCACCAUGCCGCUGCCGCCUGGCAUGGCGCCGCCGCAGCGUGCCGGCAGCGCGGGGCGGCAGCCCGCCUACGGCCCGCCGGCGGGGCCCAUGCAGCAGCCCUUCCCGAUGCAGCCGCCACGGCGCAUGAUGGGGCCUGGCGGGCCGCUGCCGCCGCCGCUGGCAAUGGCCAUGGGAGGCAUGGCGCCCGCGGGCUAUCAGCCACAGUACAUGCCCGGCCCGCCGCCGCCCAUCCUGCUGCCGUCGAUGAUGCAGCAGCCUCCCUCGCCCAUGCAUGCCGGUGCCAGGUCUGGGCAUGCCACCCCCAAGAGCCUGGCGGGGUCGGGAGCCAACACACCCAUGCACCCCCUGCAGCGCUCCCUCAGCAACGGCCAACUGGCGCCGACGCCGGGCUACCCGGGGCCCCCAGGCAUGCUGCUCCCACAGCAGAUGGGCUUCCUGCAUAUGCCGCCGCCGCCGGGCAUGGCUGCCCUGGUGGCGCCGCCGCCCGGCGUCGUGCUGCCAGACUCGCUGUCGCCGGGCUCCCCCACCCCGCUGCGGGCGCCCCACGGCGGCGGCAGCGCCCCCGGAAGCCGAGUGCAGUCGGCGACGGUGAUGGGGCAUGCUGGGGCAAGCUCCUACGGAGGCAGCCUCAUGGAGCCUCUGGCCUCGCAAGUGCCGGCCCCAAUUCGGGCAGGCCUGCCCCGCUCUGGCAGCACGGGCAGCCUCCCCGGCAGCCUGCGCAGCUCUGUGGACCUCAGCAACAGCCCCGCACGGCGCAGCGGCGAGCGCACGCCGGUGGGAUACUUUGGCGGCGGCGGCGCCGGCUCCUUUGCUGCGGGGGCUGGCGGAGGCGCGGCCAAGGCCGGGAGCAAGGCGGGGUCGGCGGGCAGGAGGACGGCUGGCUCUGCUGGCGGAGCGCAGGCUGCCCAGCCAGAACUGGAUGAGUACGAUAACAUAAAGGUGGCGGUGCGGGUGCGGCCGCCCAAUGCGCAGGAGCUGGCUCGGGGCGACGCGCAGGCAGUCUUUGUCAACCCAGCCGACCACCGACAGGUCCAGCUGACGGUGCCCUCGGCCUACUCGCGCAACAGCCAGGCAGUCACCCGGAACUUCACCUUCCACGCCUGCCUGCACCCGGCCUCGCGCCAGCAGGACGUGCUGCGCCUGUGCGGCAUCACCCAGCUGCUGGACGCCGCCCUGGAUGGCUACAAUUGCACCGUGCUGGCCUAUGGGCAGACAGGCUCCGGCAAGACGUACACCAUGAGCGCGCUAGAGUUCAUCGCUCCCGCAGGGAGGGAGGAGGCGUUGCUGGAUGAGGGUUACAUGGGGGACAGCGACGACGGCGUCAUCACCCGCUCCCUGAUGUACCUCUUCCAGGCGCUGGAGCAGCGGGCGGGCGGGGCGGGCGGCGACGGCUGCCGCUACUCGCUGCGGGUGUCCAUGGCUGAGAUCUACAUGGAGCAGGUGUACGACCUCAUACGCUUCGACAAGAAGCAGCUGCAGGCGAGUGGGCGGGCUGGCGGGGGGCGAGGGGAUCGCGGUGGCAAGGUGCGGUGGGACACCGGCAGGGGCUUCUACAUGCCAGACCUGGCCUGCAAGGAGUGCGGCACGCUAGAGGAGGCGCUGCAGGUGCUGUCGCUGGCGGUGCGGCACCGCCGGGUGGGCAGCCACGAGAUGAACAUGGAGUCGUCACGCAGCCACUCCAUCUUUACAGUGUAUGUUGACUGCAGCCCCACCCGCGCUGACGAUCAUGAGUACGGCAUCACUCGCUAUGGCAAGGUUUCGUUUGUAGAUCUGGCCGGCAGCGAGCGGCUGCGCGACAGCAAGUCUGCGGGGGAGACGCUCAAGGAGACCACCACCAUCAACCGCUCGCUGUUCAUGCUGGGCAAGGUCAUCGCGGCGCUGGCGGAUGGCGCGCAGGGGGCGCGCGUGCCGUACCGCGAGAGCAAGCUCACCAAGCUGCUGAUGGACAGCCUGGGCGGCUCCUCCCUCUCCCUGCUCAUCGCCUGCUGCUCGCCUUCAGCUGCCCACGCCGAGGAGACGCUGAGCACGCUGAGCUACGCCGCGCGCGCCAAGAACAUCAGGAACCAGCCAGCGGUGCAGUUGGAUCCCGACCAGGCCGCCCUGUCUGCGCUGAAGCGGGAGGUCAAGCUGCUGCGGACAGAGAACACAUACCUGCGGGAGCAGCUGUUCCAGGCCAACCUGCCGCGCGGCCAGCCCGCCGCCGGCGCCUCCGCCUCGCUACCCGCCUCGACGGCCGCCUCUCGCCUGCCCUCCAGCCACGGCCAGCCCGGCACGCUCGGCGGCGGGCAGCUGCCGCUGCCGCUGGCGCCGUUUGCAGUGCCCGGGGGAGGCUCGGCCGUAGUCGCCGGCAGCCGGCCGGAAUCGGGGACGGCGGCCGGCGCUGCUGCAGGCGCCGGGCUGGGGCCCUCCCCAAGCCCAGAGGACCUCAUGCGGCGCCUGCUGGAGACUCAGCGCAUGCUGGUGCAGUUCAGCCGUGAGAACGAUCGGCUGGCUGGUGAGAAUGGGCGGCUGCGCAACGGCAGGGCGCUUGUGUCAAACGACUACAAGGGAGCUCUGGAUGAGGUGGACUGGCUGCGCGGCAAGUUGGAGUCACUGGAAAGCGCCUUGCUGGCGGGCUCCUGUGACUCCGGCCUGCUGGCUGCACUGGAUGCCGCCGGCACAGCGGGGCCAGAGGUGCUGGAAGUGGCAAAGGCGGCAGUGGUGGGAGCUGGUGGCGGCAGCGAGAGCCAGCAGCCCGCUGCCCCAGGGUCAGCAGGAGGGGAUGGGGAACAGCAGCAGGAGGGGCCGCCUGAGGGCCACGUGCCGAACGGCGGCAGCAUGUUAGGCGGCAGCAUGGAGCCCUUGGCCAGCCAGCUGGCGGCGGCGGGCCAGUUGGCUAUGGCUGCUGCCGACCAGGCAGUGACGGAGGCCGCCGCUGUGGCGGCGGCGCUCACACUGGCAGUGACCAUGCCUCGUCAGCAGGCAGGGAUGAUGGAAGCACCGACGGAUCUGGGCCCGGCAGGCAAUGAUGUGGUAGCUGCAGCACCCCCAGCAGUAGGCGGUCAGCAGCCAGAGUUCAUUGUGGACAGCCAGGGGCAGCAGCCGGCGCCGGUUCCGUCGCGGAGGAUGGCAGCACCGCAAGGUGGCGAGGUCCCGGAGGGUGGCGAGCUGCCUGUUGAAGGGCUCCUUGUGGCAGCUGGCGAAAUAUCUACUACUGAAGCCACGGCAGCGGCCUCUUCAGAGCUUGAUGCUGCCACCGUGACGCGCGAGGCGUCAGCGAGCGAGCUUGACGCUUCGCUGAUGGAGCCUGCCAGCGGCGCUUCCGAUCCCAGACGGGCAGCACCAUUUGGGGAUCCCGAGCUGGAUGCACCCGGUGUGAUUGCGACCGUCACCGUGGCGGGGCCGCCCUCCGGCAAGGGCGCGGUCCCUGUCCCUGCUUCUGUCAUUGUCGAUGCCUGUGCAGACGUGGCAGGCAGCUAG